AUGCUCAGCGCCGUCCGCUGCCUUCACCAGAGCUCAUCGCUGCUCCAGCAGGUGCAGAAGGGGGCGCCCGCCAAGGCCGGCUCUCCACCAAAGUCCCCGUCCGCGCCGAGACCAGCAAAGCCAGCGGCGACACCACAGCAGAAGAAGCCCACCGCUUCGAGCGUCACAUCAGCCAGCGUCACUCCUGCAAAGACGGACGCCGCGACCUCGGCUCCCACCGAUUCCGCCACGACGACGACGACGACGACAACAACCACCUCAUCGGAGGUCGCAACAGAAGACGGCAAGCCCGCUCAAAAGACGCUCAAGGAGCGCGCAAAGGAGCUGUGGGCGACGGCCAAGUACCUCUUCAAGUUCUACUUUAACGGUGUCAAGCAGAUCUGGGCCAACCGCAACCGCGUCGCCGAGAUCCAGCAGCGGGUGGCGGGCGGCGGCGCCCCGCUGUCGCGCGAAGAAGCGCAGCUGAUCCGCGUGCACCGCGCCGACAUGCGCAAGCUGCCCCUCUUCCUCACUAUCCUCCUCAUCCUCGAGGAGGCGCUGCCGCUCGUCGUUAUCUGGGCGCCCUCGCUCCUGCCCUCGACGUGCAUCCUCCCCAACCAGCUGCUCAAGAUCCGCAUGAAGGAGGAAGUCGCCCGGGCUGCGGCCUACAAGAAGCUGUGCGAGGUCGAGGAGGUCAAGGCGCUGCUCCCGGUCGUGUCUGGGACGGGUCAGAACCUUCGCCUUGCUCAGCCGCACAAGGACGCAGACGACGAGGUGCUGGCCAAGAUCAAGGGCGAGACGCUCGUCCAGCUGGCAAAGCUCUUUUCCCUGUCGACCUGGGGCGGGGCGGCCAUGACGAGAAGGCGGCUGGUGGAGCACCUCAAGUACAUCCGGAGCGACGACGAGAUGAUGUGCGAGGGCGGCGGGUACCAGUUCAUCCCUCAGAACGCCGAGGCCGUCGCCAAGGCGUGCUCGGAGCGCGGGCUGCGCGCCACCGAGGUGCCGCAGAAGGAGAUGUACGACACGCUGCGGACCUGGCUGCUCUACACGACGCGCAGCCCGGCGACGUCGCGGUCGCUGUCGACGUCGUCGCUGGCGCUGCUGCCGCUGCAGCUCUACAACCCGCGGUCGAUCCAGGAGAUUGAGGCGUCGCUGGCCGCCGAGAGCGGGCGCGGCCUCAUGGAAAAGACAAAGGACGUGCUCAACGAGGUCGUCGAGACCGAGAAGAAGGUCCUCGAGCGCGACCAGAAGACCGACGACGAGAUCCAGCAAAAGGCAAAGGAGGCUCAGGCCGCGAGGAAGUGA